GCUGCGGGGUGAACAACCGUCCUAUUGGUGGGUAAGCCAAAAGGCCGCCUAAGCUCGUGAGCGAUUGGUAGGAUUUUGUGGACGCUCGACGAUUUGAGUUGUUUUUUCGGUUGCAUUGUCGGAUUCCCAGGUUUAGCGCUUGGUGCAAAUAAGACAGGAUGAACUUUACUCCGACACACACACCUGUCUGCAGAAAAAUAACCUUUGCUUCCAAACGCGGUGCUGCCUCGGGCUUCAGUGAUCCCAACAGGUGGAAGACUAUGGCGGACUCGGUGGAGUCAACUCCCUUGCCUUCAACCCAGGAUCGGCUGGCCGUCCUUUGCCCUUCUCAGGAGCUCCUGGAGUAUUAUCAGAAGAAGAUGGCUACCUGUGAGGCAGAAAAUGAGGACCUGUUGAAGAAGUUAGACCUCUACAGAGAAGCUUGCGAAGGACAGCAUAAACUUGAAUGGAAUUUGCAGCAGAGGGAGGAAGAGAUUGCUGAAUUGCAGAAAGCCCUGAGUGACAUGCAAGUCUGCCUCUUCCAGGAACGGGAACAUGUUUUACGACUCUACUCAGAAAAUGACCGGCUGAGAAUCAGGGAACUGGAAGACAAGAAAAAGAUUCAGAAUCUGUUAGCUCUUGUGGGAACAGACACCGGUGAAGUGACCUAUUUUUAUAAGGAGCCUCCCCACAAAGUAGAAGCCCUUCACGCGCAGCUGGAAGAGCAGACAAAGCUUGCCAGAGAACAAGUUGAAGGACUCAUGGAGGACAGACGGAUUCGAAUUGAGGAGAUACAAGUUCAGCACCAGAGAAAUCAAGACAAAGUCAAAGAGCUGACUAAAAGUCUCCAUCAUACCCAAGACCUGCUCUAUGAAAGCACCAAAGACUUUCUACAGCUAAGAUUUGAAAACCAAAAUAAAGAGAAGGUAUGGAUGCUUGAAAAAGAUCUCUUGAUGUCCAAGAUUAAGCAGUACAGAGUGCACUGUAAGAAGAAAGAAGAUAAACUUGGGAAAGUUAUUCCAGUUUUACAUGAGACUCAUCAUACUCAGAAUGAAUAUAUUAAGUCUCUAAAGGAUAAGCUAAUACAAGAGAAAAAGCUGUCCAACAUGUACCAAGAACAGUGCAUUUCCCUAGAAGAGGAACUUGCUCGAAUCCGGGAGGAAGAGGGGGUGAGGAGGGAGAUCUUCAAGGAUCGCUCCAACAAGAUGGGGAAGCGCUUACAGAUAAUGACAAAGCGCUACGAGGCCCUGGAGCAGCGACGCAUCCUGGAAGUCGAAGGUUUCAAGACAGACAUUAAGGUUCUUCGACAGAAGCUAAAAGACCUGGAGCAAAUGCUCUAUAAGGCAACAGCGAAUGCCCAGGGAAACCAGGACCUUGCCAUUCUGUGUGAAGUUCGUGACAGCAACAGAAGAGCUCACAGGAUACAGGGAGAGCUGAAGGAGCUCAAGUCUAAAGUGUUCGGUCUGGAGAACGAGCUCAGGCUGUGUUGAUGUCUACUUUCUGGUGAGGUCGGCUUUCCGGGACCUGAGGCACGGGCACCUGUUCCCAGGCAGUGGACGUGGAGUUAGCCCGAGUAGUGGUAUUUGUUUUUAUAAAGAUGGUGUUAAGGGCAUGAUGGCUCACAUCUGUAAUCCCAGCUCUUGGGAGGCAGAGACAGGAGGAUUGCCACAACUUCAAGGUAGAGGCAGGUAGAGCUCUGUGAUUC